AUGGUUAGUAUUUUCUCAGAUGACAUAGAGAACAUCAUAGAAGUUUUUAUGGAUGAUUUUAGUGUGUAUGGUGAUUCUUUUGAUAAGUGCCUCCACAACUUAACUCUAGUUCUUAAACGAUGUAUUAACACUAAUCUUGUAUUGAAUUGGGAGAAGUGUCACUUUAUGGUGCAACAAGGUAUUAUUUUGGGGCAUGUUAUUUCGAAAAAAGGGAUUGGAGUGGAUAAGGACAAAAUUGAUCUCAUUCAUUCUCUUCCACCACCAUCAGAUAAGAGAGGGUCAAAAAACUUGGUGGGUGAUCAUUUAAGUAGACUUAUUCGGGAUGGAGAUACCUGGCAAUUGAAUGAAAAAUUUCCUGACAAAAAACUCCUAGCUCCUAAAGAAGUUAUUCCAUGGUUUGCUAAUAUUGUUAACUAUUUGGCCACCAAAGAGUUACCAAGAGACCUUACACAAGCUCAAAAGAACAAGAUUAAGCAUGAUGCUAAGUUCUACAUUUGGGAUGAGCCUCAUUUAUGGAAACAUUGCGCUUAUCAAGUCAUUCGAAGGUGUGUUCCCGAUUCUGAAUUUCAAUCUAUCCUUGCUUUCUCGCAUUCUCAUGCUUGUGGAGGUCAUUUUGGACCAAAAAGAACAACCCAUAAAGUACUUGACCAUGGUUUUUAUUGGCCUACAAUCUUUAAAGAUUCAUAUGCAUACUGGAAGGCGUGUGACCAUUGUCAACGAGUUGUGGUGGAUUAUGUGUCUAAGUGGGUGGAAGCAAAAGAAACUAAAGUGGAUAAUUCUAAAACAAUGGUUGAGUUCAUUAGAUCGAAUAUCUUUGUGAGAUUUGGUACUCCAAGGGCAAUAAUUAGUGACCGAGGUACUCAUUUAUGCAAUAAAAAUAUUGAAGCUUUAUUUUGGCGCUAUCAAGUGACUCAUAAAGUAAUCACUACCUACCAUCCACAAGAAAAUGGCCAAGUCGAGGUAUCGAAUAGAGAAGUCAAGUCUAUUCUUGAAAAGACGGUGAAUUCAAAUAGGAAGGAUUGA